AUGAAAAAGAAAUUCAUCAUCAUUUCUUUAGAGGGUAACAUAGGAGCAGGUAAAUCAACAUUGUUUGAAAUCUUAAGGGAAGAAUACCCUUAAGCUAUAUUCCUUAUGGAACCUUUGGAGCAAUGGCAAAAAAUUAAUGGGAAUUCCAAUCUCAAUAUUUUAGAGAAGUACUACUCAGAUGCAGAUAGGUGGGGGUUUACUUUUUAAAUUUACGCCUACUAAUCUAGGUUAAUGGCUUGGGAUAGACAAUUGCAAUAAGUGUUACAAAAUAAUCAACAGCCAGUUUUAGUGUUUACAGAGAGAAGUAUUGAAAGUGCCAGAGAACUCUUCUUUUAAUUAUGUUACAAUGAUGGAAAGAUCAGUCAAAUAGAGUUUGAGAUAUAUGAGGAAUUUUAUUAAUGGCUCAUGAACCAUUAUCAAUAGUACUUGAUAGAUUGUGUGAUAUAUGUCAAUACUCCGCCAGAAGUGUGUUUGGAAAGAUUGAUAAAGAGAGGGAGAUCAGAGGAAGCAUGUGUGCCACUUGAUUAUUUGAAGAAAUUGCAUUAAAGACACGAGGAUUGGUUGUCUGAAACAUCUAAUAGGUUCUUAACUAUAAAGAUUGACGCAACUUUGAAUUAUGUAUAAGAUUAGAAGGUGAAGGAGAGUGUGCGACAACUGUUAUUAUUGGAGAUAUAAAAAUUAAAGGAGUUGCUGAAUUGA